AUGCUGCGCACAUUAGCCCGCCGCGCCGCCGAGCCCGCGCGCCCGGCUUUCGACAUACACAGCAACCCUUACAAAGCGAAGCGACUGUGGCCGCCCGACUUCUCCAAACUCUCGCCGAAGCACCAGUUCCGUCUGGAGCGCAAGUUCAGGCGCCGAUCUCAGCUCAAAUGGGCCCGUCCGCGGUGGAAGAAGUUCGUCAAUCUGACACAGUGGGCAACAAUAUCAUUUGUGGUUAUCUAUGGUGUACUCUUCAUGGACUGGAAUGACGAGAUCAAAACCAAGGGUCGUUCUCGUGAAGAUAACGCCCAGCCUUUCCAAGGGGUCCGUGAGUGGUUCAGACGCACCGUUGACUCCAUCUGGUCCAAGCCUACUUCGCAAGCAGAGCAGUCUCAACCUUCCUCCAGAACAGCAUCUUAA